GGGCACGGCGCGGCGCGGAGGGUCCCGGCCCUGCCCGGCCCGUCCCGGGCCUGCCCGGCCCCGCCAGGCCCUGCGGCUCCCCGCGGGCCAUGGCGGCCAUCCAGAACCUGCAGCUGUGGUGCCGCCAGCAGUGCGAGGGCUACCGCGAUGUCAGCAUCACCAACAUGACCACCUCGUUCCGCGACGGGCUCGCCUUCUGCGCCAUCCUGCACCGACACCGCCCCGACCUCAUAAACUUCGACUCCCUCAGAAAAGAAAAUGUGUACGAGAACAACAAGCUGGCAUUUCGGGUGGCAGAGGAGGAGCUGGGGAUCCCAGCCUUGCUGGAUGCAGAGGAUAUGGUUGCUCUGAAGGUACCAGACAGGCUGAGCAUCCUCACCUACGUUUCCCAGUAUUAUAACUACUUCCAUGGACGGUCUCCUAUUGGAGGCAUGGCUGGAAUCAAGCGUCCUUCCUCUGAAUCUCCAGAGCAGCAUCCUGGAAAGAAAACUGCUCCAGAGCCUCCCAAGCCAGUGCCACCAAAAUUGCCUCCUGCCCACCCACCAGCCAGAGCCAAGCCAAAGGAAACCUCCCCAGUUACCACAAAAAGGGUCCUGGCAGAGAGUGGGAAUGUGCCCAGCAGCAGCUGUGGGGUCUGUGGGAAGCACGUGCACCUGGUGCAGCGCUACCUGGUUGAUGGGAAGCUCUACCACAGGAACUGCUUCAGGUGCAGGCAAUGUUGGAACUUGCUUCUUCCUGGAAGCUACAAAGCUGGGCCUGAGCCCGGUACGUUCAUCUGCACCAGCCACCAGCAGCCAGACAAUGUCCAGAUCUCUGGUCUCCACAGUACUGGUAAACAGCCUGACAGUGCCCCAGCCCCUGCUGCUGCCAGGGCGUUCCAGAAAGCAGCAGAACCCAAGAAACCAGAGCAGGUGUUGAAGAAACCCAGCCAGGAAGGCCUCACUAAUUCAACCAAGCCAUCUGUUUCAUCUUCUGGAAGCUCUGGCUUCAAAAGUGUAAAUACUCCAUGGUCCUCCUCAGCUGUAAAUAAAUCAGAUGACUGCAAAGGUGCCUCGUUGGGGAAUAAAGCACAUCCCCAUGAAGGCAGCCCAGCAAAGCCUCCUUGGACAUCCUCCACAACAAAAACACAGCAAGCACGAGAAAACUUUUUUCGCUCUUUGGAGUCCUCCAGCAAUAAAUCUCCUGAGACUCAAAAACAAGUCCAGUCUCCUCAGGGCCCUGAUAGAGCUGCCCCUGCCAGAAGCAUUGCUGAGGUCAGUCGGGUGACUGCAGGGAAGGAUCAGGCACGUAACCAUAUUAUACAGGCUCUGUCUGCAACAGGCACUGCUCCAAGCAGGCCAGGAGGACUCAGUUCCACUGGCUCCUCAGCCCCUGGCAGUGGCAAAUUUUCUCCCCCCAGUUAUCAGAGUCCAGAUCCAAAACCACAGUCCAGCAAAACAGGGUGCCCAGCACCAAAGCAGGAAAAGAUCACAGACCCUGUGCCCAAGAGCCAGGCUGCCAGCAAACCUGCUGAGCCUUUGCACAAGCCAGAGCCAAAAGGCAUCAAAGGAAGCACAAAUGUUGCUGACAACAAGUCUGAGAGCCCAGAAGGGUGGAGAUCUCGGUUGAAGCCUGUGGCCAACAAGGACCAAGAUGGCUCUAAGAAACCUGCUGAUAACUGCCAGGUGGGAGCAGGGAGCCCAGCACAGAAGGAGCCAAAGCCAAGCCCAUUAGUUGUCCCACCAGCAAAGCAGGACUCUGCUUCAUCUGGUGGAUUCACAAAGAAGUUGUUGAUUCCCAGUUCAGAUCUUAUCAGGAGCUGUCAGAAUGCAAAGCAAGACUGGAAAGAUCCUGGAGGGUCUGCCAAGAAAGAGGAAGAUGGCAACCGGUUGAAAACAAGCACUGCUACAUUUAAACUCCCUGUUCCAAAAAGCGAAGGAAAGCCUCAAGUGGUGUCCCCAACCAAGCUGCACCCAGACUACCUCCCUGAGGAGAAAAUCCAAGAGAAGGUUUGUGCCAUCGAGAAGCAGCUGGACGAGCUGGAAUUGAAGGGAGUGGAUCUGGAGAAGCAGCUGCGUGCCUGUGAGGGAGAUGAGUCUGAGGAUGCCCUUAUGGUGGAUUGGUUCAAACUGAUCCAUGAGAAGCAGCUGCUGCUCAGACAGGAAUCAGAGCUGAUGUACAAGAUGAAGCAGCAGAACCUGGAGGAGCAGCAGUGGAACAUUGAGAUGGAGCUGCGAAGGCUCAUGAGCAAACCUGAGGAACUGAAGACUCCCAGGGAGAAGGAGCAGGAGAAGGAGCUGCUGGAGUCGUACCUGAACACGGUCAAUGACCGCAAUAAUAUUGUGGAUUGCCUGGAUGAGGACAGGCUCAGAGAGAAAGAGGAAGACCAGAUGUUGGCAGACAUGAUACAGAGGUUGGAUGGAUCUCUUGAGAGCCACGAGCCAGAGAGGAAGAAGAACAAGUUCCGCCUGUCCAAAAUAUGGAAGCAGAAAAAACAAGAAUAAAGCUCAGGAGCUUGAUGUUCCUUUUCCCAGUGGCC